AUGCCAACCAGGAUAUUCAGAGAACGGCACUUCUGGCAAUUCAGCUCUGCCGUUGAGCUUUAUACACAGCGGGACCUGACCAAUCCCAAUGACAUCCUCGAUGCUUUUGAGGCGGUCGGAACGGUGCUCGAAGCUCGUCUGGACAUGAACCUGUUCUUCGGCAUGCCCGACAAUAUGAUCGAUACCGCACUCAUCUGGGAAUCCUCCAAGAUGCUCAAACAUCGGCAGAACUUCUCGACCAUGUCUUGGGCUGGUUGGGUAGGAGAGAUUCAAUGGAAGGUCACUGAGAUGGCCGACUCAUGGAUCGAGUGGCACGGGGCAGAUCAGACCAGCGACACCAUCACACCGUUCCCUGUACAGACUCGACGGCGGAUCCGGCCGCCCGUUCCUAGAAGCACUGUUCCGACACCCGUAGGAUAUUCAAUUCUGCGUGGGUCAACCAUGCCACGCCUUCAUUUCCAAACGAUUUCUGCAACCUUCACACUGCUACGGCCCACUACCAUCACGAAAGACAUCGUGUCGCCGUUACGAAAGCGUAUGACUGGCCCAGCCGCGCUUUCGACCAAACGCCCAGCUCCGACUGAUCCAGGAUUGAUUCGAGCAGGCAUCGCCGACAAGAAUGGAGAAUGGUGCGGCACGAUAGACCUGACGAUGACGUACCGCGAAUUGGUAGGUAUGCCGAUGGAAUUCCUGGUCAUGUCUCGGAUGAGUCGCUUCACUGAGGCCGAGAUCGAGGCAUAUGAGCAGGGCUGGCUGCCUGACGCAGUGGAGGAGGAGAUGUCACGGCGAGACUAUGGCGCUUACAACGUGCUGCUGGUCACUUGUAGAGAUGGUGUGUACUAUCGAGAGGCGCUGGGUCGUAUCUUGGCGAGUGCGGUUCAUCGAGCGUUGGCGCCUGGGCCGGUGUGGAAAGACGUUGUGCUUGGGUAG